AUCUCCCAUGUGACGCGCCACGUGACGAGCGACCAGCAAAGGAGGAAGUGCAGCGAGAAAACGAACCGAUGUGAGAUUUUAAACGUUCAGAAACUAACUAUGCGCGGUUUGUGUAACGGAACAUACAGUUUAAUAAAGCUGUGGACAAUCUGGGUGUCUCUCUUCAUUAACCAUGUGUCCGCCGGUAAAAUGAAGAUAGUCGAGGAGCCAAACACAUUUGGCUUGAACAAUCAUUUUCUGGCCCAAGGAAGCAGACUUCAACCCAAAGUGACCCCUUCUCCAGUGGCUGGCCCACUGCAUUUCCAUGGGCUCGCUGGAAAGUGCUUCAGUCUCACAGAGUCGACGUAUAAAUAUGAAUUCUGUCCAUUUCACAACGUCACCCAGCACGAGCAGACCUUCAGGUGGAAUGCCUAUAGUGGAAUACUGGGGAUCUGGCACGAGUGGGAAAUGGCAAACAACACUUUUACAGGAAUGUGGAUGAGAAACGGGGACACUUGUGGAACCAGAAACAGAGAAACACAGGUGGUUUUCGUCUGCAGUGCAAGUAGCAAGCUUGCUCAAGUCUCAGAGCCGAGUACUUGUGUUUACCUGCUGACCUUUGAGACACCGCUUGUUUGCCAUCCACAUUCUCUUUUAGUGUAUCCAACACUGACUGAGAAACUGCAGCGGGAGUGGGAUGAAACUGAGCAGGCUCGGUACGAAGGUCUCAUUACUGAGCAGGGUUAUAACAAUCUUUUGAGGGACAUUUUUGAAAAUGCUGGUCUCCUGAAAAGCCACAAAGUGAAGGUCAAGCUGCCAGAGGCUGCAGCCAAUUCAGACACGCACAACUCCUUACAGAAAUGCACUGAGGACUUUGAAAAACAGAGAGAAGAGAUGGAGCGACUGCGUGCUCUCCUCACUCUACACAACAUUCCCUUUGAUUCUGAGUCAAAUGAAGCAAAAGCCACAGUGAGUGUGACAGUUAAGGAUCAACAACUAAGAGGAGACCACGGCCCCAUCGACCUGCAGUAAAAUCAUCACCUGGAGCAAGUUGUGGCUUCGUGGCAUUUACAAGCACCCGGCUGGAUUUUAUUGAGCGGCAGAGACACUAUGACUAUUGCUGUCACCGGUGACGGCACUAAAGGUUUAUUUAAAUAAGUGACUCUAUGAAAAGAAACAAACUCAUAUGGACCACAAACUUGUCAUAUUUUUUACACUCUUGCAAAACUCAAAUUCUGUAAAUAAAUGUUUUUUAAAAAUAUAUAUUUAAGGCUAAACACUUCAGCAACAUUGCAAAUUUAACAAGGGAAGAGUGAGUCCCUUUAAAAACUAUUACAGUUGAAAACAUAUUCAGAUUAUAGUGAAUGAGUAAGUCUUCUCACCCCACUCCAUUGUUUGUUUGUAAGCAUGAUAACACAAAAACAAGUAAAUAGAUUUUCACAAACUUGGUGGAAAAGUGUGAUAUGGGUCAGGGAAGAAGCCAUUCAAUUUUAGGAUGGAUCUGGAUUAGGGUCAGAUCUAGGAUUUCCCCCCAACUUUCUUGAACAUUGUAAGACAGGAGGUUUUAUAACAUUCCCACUAUUUCCCCAGGGAAUAAUGCAAGGAUCUUUAGGGAGCUGAUCUCUGAGUUUGUGUGUAAUUUGGUGAAGCUUGAUUGAGUUUGAGUGGACUGUUGGUCUUUGGAAGCGAUAAGCACUGCACUGAGUGCCAGUCUAGUUUAUAUAUGUGGCUGGAUAAAGUGGGAGAAAAGCAUUUCAAUGUCAAUCGUACUGUAUUUGGGUGUAAUGUUAUACAUUUAGAAAAGGUUUUACAUCAUUGGAAAAAAAAUAACAAACCUCAAAUGCACAAACUUUGAACAGGAACUACAGGCACAGAUUUUUAGUUACAGGAGAUUUGUAAAAACAUAACAUGCUCAUUAUGUUUAUACCAAGUGUGUGUAAGAAGUUACUCUCAUCAGUGGGAGUCUCAGCAUGCAAAAACAUGUCUUGACUACCAACAUUCCUGAGACAAUAACUCCUGAGGUUUCUCAGCUUUUUGUUUCAUCCUCUGUGGUUUACACCUGUACGCACUCGUGAAACUGAAAAACAAUAAACUUUGGCCCCCCAGGGUAUAAUUGUACUUUAAGUACUUAACUUGAA